AUGAAAAGGGUGUCUGGUUCCGUGAGCUUGGCAAGUCUCGGGGUCAAAGUGGUGACUACGAGGCGCACCAAAGCCGGCGGAAUCCUCCUCGAAGUGGAAGGCGAGGAAAAAGCCAGAAUCCUGGAGAGGAGGAUCCGAGAGGUGGUAGGAGAGGCCGCCAGAGUAAGAAGGCCCGAGCGGAAGACUCCCGUCCUCCUUCUGGAUGUCCCUGAAUGGGUAGAAGUGGAGGACGUGGUCGGAGGGCUCGGCGCGGCCGGAGUAGUCGUCGCGGCUCCUGACGUUGACCGAAUUUCCAUCAGGAAAAACGGUGGCAGCCGCGGCGACCGCGUCGCGAGGGUAGAUUUACCUUUCCGCGACGCCAUCGCUCUGGCCGAGGCAAAGGUGGUGGUGGUCGGCUGGACCCGUUGCAGGGUAAAGCUUCUUGAAAAGAAGCAAACCACCUGCUUCCGGUGCCAGCAAAAGGGCCACCUCGCCGCCGAGUGCCGCAACGCGGCAAAGCCUCGGGCCUGCUACAGGUGUGGAGCCACCAGCCACCUCUCGCGGGGCUGCUCGGAAGGCAGAAGAGGAAGCGGCGGUCCAUCUUCGGUCGUUGGAGGAAGUAUCAGCGGUGGUACAACAGUAGCGGUGGAGGAGGGGCCUGCCGAGAUGCAGCCAGUGGCGGAGGAGUCGUCGCAGCAGUUGGCCGGGCGGCCGGCGAGCCGUUCCGCCUCCGCGUCGUCGUCGGAACCGCAGCCAUGA